CAGAGUGGGGCUCACUGUCGGGCGCGUGGGGCGGAUUGCUGCGCUCGGGGAGGACAUGGGGCGAACCAUUGCAGAGCUGGUCUCGUCGCUUCUAGGGCUGUGGCUGCUGCUCUGUAGCUGGGGGUGCCCCGGGAGCGCCGAGCCGCGGGCCCCGCCGGAUAAGAUCGCGAUUAUUGGAGCUGGAAUUGGUGGCACUUCAGCAGCCUAUUAUCUACGGCAGAAAUUUGGGAAUGAUGUGAAGAUUGACAUGUUUGAAAGAGGAGAGGUGGGCGGCCGUUUGGCCACCAUGACUGUGGAGGGGCAAGAAUACGAGGCAGGAGGUUCUGUCAUCCACCCUUUAAAUCUGCACAUGAAGCGUUUUGUCAAGGACCUGGGUCUCUCUGCUGUAAAGGUCUCUGGUGGCCUAAUGGGGGUGUAUGACGGAGAGAAACUGGUGUUUGAGGAGAGCCCCUGGUUUAUAGUUAACAUGAUUAAACUAGUUUGGUACUAUGGAUUUCAGUUCCUCCGAAUGCACAUGUGGGUAGAGGACAUAUUAGAUAAGUUCAUGAGGAUCUACCGCUACCAAUCUCAUGACUAUGCCUUCAGUAGUGUAGAGAAGUUACUGCAUGCUCUAGGAGGGGACGACUUACUUGGAAUGCUGAACCGAACACUUCUUGAAACCCUGGAGAAAGCAGGCUUCUCUGAGAAAUUCCUCAAUGAAAUUGUUACUCCUGUCAUGAGGGUUAAUUAUGGCCAAAACAUGAGCAUCGGUAGCUUUGUGGGGGCAGUGUCAUUGGCUGGUGCUGAAUCUGGCCUUUGGUCAGUAGAAGGUGGCAAUAAACUUGUUUGCUCAGGGCUCCUUCAGGCUUCCAAAGGCAAUCUUAUAUCUGGCUCAGUAAUGUACAUAGAGGAGAAAACAAGGACCAAGCAGACAGGAAAUCCCACCAAGAUGUAUGAAGUGGUCUACCAAACUGGAUCAGAGACCCAUUCAGACUUCUAUGACAUUGUCUUGGUGGCUACUCCACUGAAUCGAAAAAUGUCCAAUAUAACUUUUCUCAACUUUGAUCCUCCAAUCAAGGAAUUCCAUCAGUACUACCAACAUAUAGUGACAACUUUAGUUAAAGGACAAUUGAAUACAACUAUCUUUACCUCUAGAGCCUUAGAUAAAUUUGAUCUUACUGCAGUCUUAACCACUGAUAAUCCAGAUCUGUUCAUUAACAGCAUUGGGAUUGUGUCCCCUGUAAGAGAAAAGGAUAAUCCUGAACCAUCCACAGAUGGGACACAUGUUUGGAAGAUCUUUUCCCAAGACACUCUUACUAAAGAGCAAAUUUUAAAGCUCUUUUUGUCUUAUGAUUAUGCUGUGAAAAAUCCAUGGCUUGCAUAUCCUCAGUAUAAGCCUACAGAGAAAUGCCCCUCCAUCAUACUCCAUGAUCGACUUUAUUACCUCAAUGGCAUGGAGUAUGCAGCAAGUGCCAUGGAAAUGAGUGCCAUUGCAGCCCACAAUGCCGCUCUCCUGGCCUAUCACCGCUGGAAUGGGCACACAGACAUGAUUGACCAGGAGGGCUUAUAUGAAAAACUUAAGACUGAACUAUGAGUAACAUCCUUUUUUCCCUUUCUAGUUCCAAAUGGGUUAUCAUUAGCAAAAAAGAACAAAAUCUGAGCAGAGAUGAUUUUGAGUCAGAUAUUUUGCCACUAUCAUUGUUUAACAAAAGUAAUCGCUGUGGAUCAUGAGAAAAUACAAAGUUCUAAUUAAGCAGGAAGGCAUAACUUGCACUUAUGCCAUCUCCAGAAUUUCCCCACUCCUCUUUCAGUCUCCAUUAGCAGUGUUUUUCAAAUUUCUCUGAUCAUAAGAAUCAUUUGGUGUUUGUUAAACAUACAGCUUCUCAAGCUCCUCCCUUGGUGAUUCUGAUUUAGUUGGCCUAGGGGUGUUGUUGUUGUUGCUGGGUCCAUGGGGUCGGUUCUGACUCAUAGCAACCCCAUGUAUAAAAAAAUGAAAGACUAAACAUUGCCUAGUCCUGUGCCAUCACAAUCAUUGCUAUGUUUGAGCCCACUGUUGUAGCCACUGUGUCAAUCCAGGGCCUAGGGGUAGGGCCCUGGAUUUUGAGUAAGAUCUUAGAGCAUUUUAAACUAACACCUGAGGAAGAACUAGUGGCCAGACUUAACCUCCUUGUUGAGGACUGGGUCAUUUGAGCUUCACAGCCGGGCAUGAUUUUCAGUCAGAUCAAAACUACUAUGAGAGCUGGUGUCUUUGCUUGGCAUUAGUAAUUUAUACCCUUUUUUCACAGUAGAUGUGCCCAUGCCCAAAGCUUUGACCUUCAGAAUGUUACCUUUUGAUUUCUUCUGUCCCAGUUUUAUUAGGGGUGAAAUUUAGAAGUCUUAGUAGUACAACCUUAAGAUGUCAUACAAGUCUCAAGUAAAAUGAAAAGCAAAUAUGGGUUACUGACUUAAGAAAUUGGCAUUCUGUUAUCAAACCCUCACCUGAACUUUAAAAAAUACUGAUGCCCACCACCAGAGAUUCUGUCUUCAUGGACUGGGGACAGGGCCUUUGCACUGUAGUUUUUUAAAGUUCUAAGGUGGUUCUAGUGUGUAGCCAGGGUUGAGAAUAAUCGAUGUAAAAAUCUGACAGUGGACCUAAACUACUGGGUCAACUAUAGGUAAAAUACUUCCUGUACAAGAAGGGAUUGAUGUCUACAAAAGGUUUUUAGUACCUUAAAUGUCCUAAGAAAUCCAAUCCGUUAUCAAAGCAGAUCCUUUUUGCAAAGAAAAUUUCUUUAGUGAAAGCUCUAGUAGUCUUAAUAGUUAAGUAGCAUUGACAGUCUCUAACAGCAGAGGCAACUUAGGUAACUCCAGGGUGGGAUAGUGAGAAUAACACCAAACUUCACCAAAUCCAGAAUGUUCAAAGUGUGUUUCUAAAGCUACUGCAGCAUUCCAGGUGAGAAACUGGUUGUUGAAAUCUCACUUUAAGGCAGUAGUCCUCAACCUUGGCUGCACCCUGAAAUCACCUGAAGAUGAUUUAAAUCUUCCCAAGUGAUUCUAAUAUGCAGUCAAACUGGAGAACCAGUUCUACAUCUGCGAUACAAAGAUCAGGAAUGACUGUCCUUAUAGCCACCAGUAGCACAGAAGAAGCAAAAGCCUGUAAAUUAUAACACUCAAUGCAAUCAAGUUAGCAGAAGUCCAUCACCAGGUUAUGGCAGUAGCUAUUUUAGCAAAAUGGUCUAAGAGAACAUUGAUGCAUAGUGUAAACAACUCCUUCCCUAGUACAGCUGUACAUAUUAAUAUGCUGAUAAAACUGCCAAGAUAAGAUAUAUUGUUUGACAUACAGGCAGCAGUUAAACCCAUGGUUUGUUAAAGGGUGAGCUUUUUAAAAAUUUUAUUCUUAACAAGUAUGUUAAGAAGUAUUCAUGCUUUUCUCCCUUUUGUGGUUUUACUGAAGACAUGUAUAUACUAAAAGAUUGGCAAAUACUAAUAAUAGCUAAGAUAAUUUACUUUUUGUCACUGGUAGACGUGUUUGGCAAUGGGAUAUAUUUUUACUUAGGAUACCAAUGUGGGUAUAUCAAAUCUAUGCUGAUUACGUUUUCCAACAGGAUAUCUGAAAUUGCUUCUUCAAAGAGCAAAACAGGUAUCCCCUCAGACCUAUUAAAGAGUUUUAAUACGAUUAUAGUAUUAAAGAAUUUUUUUAUUGGAGAAAAAUACUAUCAGAGUCUGCUACUGCAAGAGAACCAUCUAGUCAUCUUUUUACAGAAGAGCCUCGUAAAAAUUAUGCAGGGGCUGAAUGAAACUAGCUCUACUCCAGUGGUUCUACUUGAGCCUUCAUCAGAAUCACCUGAAGAGCUUGUUAAAUUAACAGAUCGCUGGACUCCACCCCCAGAAUUUCUUUCAAUAGGUUUGGAGUGGGACACAAAAUUAAUGUUCCUAAGUGAUGUUGCUAGUUUAGGAACCACACCUCUACAACUCAGCUUUAUGUGGCUGCAAAAAAUGCAAAUAUAUCAUGUCAAUGAAGAUUAAAUUAAAAUGAAGUGCUGGAGAAGAAUGGAAAAAUAGAAAUACAUUGGACUUCACACCAACUCUCAUUAAGUUUGAACUCUCCAGCUUUUCUGCAAAUAGGAAGUACCAUUUUAGAGAUACAUAUAAGCUACUGUGUUCCAUGUUUUAAAAGUACCUUACAUACUCACCUGUGUAUACGCCAUUCUCUACAGUUUCAAAGUGAUUCAAGAUUUACAGGCUUUUUAGCGGACUACAAAAAUAGGCCUAAGCAUUUGCUUGGGAGAUUUCUUAAGGUUAUGUUUAUAACCAUCUGUAAUAUAUCCCUGAUCUCAUUUUGUGAGCCGUAAAAUACAACUCAUGAACUAGAAGAAUAUAUUAUGGGCAGCAUUCUCACUACCCUCUCUACUCCAUGAAGAAUGAAUGGCAAGACACUGUAAUGUUUUUCUCUGGAAUGGAUCCUGUUUCUACCCUUGUAUUAAAAAAAAAAUUCCCACUUAAUGAUUACAUUCAAAAUAAACAACUACAUUACUU